AUGCUACAGACACCAUUGACCUUGAAUGACGCAGACAGACUACGGAACAACGUGCAAGGCGAUAUCCUUGGUGAUGGCUUUCCAAAACAGGUCGAGCUCUUCUGGUUCUUCAAGAUCGAACAAGCUGGUGAAUUCCGAAAGAAGCUCAGUCAGCUUAUCCCUCUGAUUGCCAGCGUCAAGAACCAAGAAGAAGAACGACAGAGAAUUAGGGAAGCGAUCAAAGCCAACAUUACUGCUGGCAAGGAUGCCACUAGCCAGGACGCUCGGGACAAAAGCGUACCUUCAAAACUAGCUAACAUAGCUUUCACCUUCACAGGUCUGAGCAAAAUGAAUGCAGCAGGCAAGGGAUUCGAUCUCAACCUGAGCCCUAAUGUUGGUGAUGGCGCAGACUUUUUCAAAGCAGGCAUGCAGAAUGAUGCAGUCAAUGGGCUCCAAGAUCCACCUACCGGUAAUGGAUCGACCGUGCCCUCCUGGGAUAAAGCAUUUCUGGACAGAAAGAUCGACGGUGUCUUUCUCAUUGCAGCUAAUCAUAAAGAUCAAGCUGAUCAGAAGCUGGACGAGCUGCGCAAAGUACUAGGAUCGAGCGUCAGCAAAGUCAUCGACAUUCUAGGUAGCGCUCGUGAGGGUCAGCGCCGGAGACACGAGCACUUCGGCUUUCUUGAUGGCAUCUCUGAGCCAGGUAUCAAGGGCUUCGACGAACUCAAGCUUGAUGCAAAUAGAGACGAUAGGGAGGACGUGGAUGACAAAGAGCUUGUUCCACCUGGCAUUGUCUUGUGUAAUCGUGAUCAAGACCCUGUUCAAAACCGUCCUGCAUGGUCGACCGAUGGCAGCUUUCUAGUUUUCCGUUGGCUAGAGCAGAAGGUUCCCGAGUUCAAUCAAGAUUUGAAGAAGUUUGCAAAACAAUUGGGAAUGAACCCAGACUCACAAACCGAUUGCGAGGGCAUUGCGGCCAGGAUCAUUGGAAGGUGGCCAAGUGGUGCUCUGAUCAAUAAGCACCCCAACGAAGAUCCUAUGCCUCUUUCGAAGCAGGUGAACAUGACGAGGGAAGAGAUUCAGAAGGCCCUGCAAGUGAAUGCUCAUGUUGAUUUCGGAGGGCUCAGAAACACAUCCCGAUGUCCUCUGGGAUCCCACAUUCGCAAAAUGAAUCCUCGCGACAGGGACAUUGGCCACGGUGCUCGAAUCAUGCGCAGAGGCAUUCAGUUUGGCCCAGAAGUUGAUGCUGUUAAGGAGAAGACGGUCACUGACGGCAAGGGCAAGCGAGGUCUACUGUUCGUUUGUUACCAAAGCAGUAUUGACAAGGGCUUCCAUUUCAUCCAAAGUUUUUGGGCCAAUAAUUCGACAUUUCCUGGUUCAGGCGCUGGCAUUGAUCCAAUGGUAGGCCAGAUGAACGAAACCGGAACAUACAAUAUGCUGGGCAUGAACAAGAACGAUCCUUCCAAACCGAUCUCGAUUCCUAAAGUCAAUCCAUACGUCGUACCCCUUGGUGGCGAGUAUUUCUUCACGCCCUCAAUGUCUGCCCUAAGAGAUACGCUAGCAGACAAUUCGGCCACACCAGCACCUCAGCCAACACCUCAACCUACACCUCAACCAGGGCCUCCACCGAACAGAAAGCCAGGAGCUCCUGGCCAAACAGUCUCGAUCUUCGUUGAGAGUCGCAUGACAGGGGCACGGCCUUCUAAGAACGUCCCCGUCGACGCGAGAGAUCGCAGUUUUGCGGAGCUGUUUGGCGGCAAUGUAAGUGUAAAUGUCGUUGGUGUUAAUGGUUCUGCUGCGGGCAACAUUGUCAUAGAGGUAAGUGGUUCGGGAUCGACCUUCAGGCUUGACAACAAUGGCAAUCCUCGUUCGCUAGGACAGGGAGGUGCUGUUGAUGUGAGUCAGUGGAAGAUUGCAUGUUGGGUCACAGGGUGA